AGGAAAAAGUUAAUAUUGUGAGUUAAUUGACUUUUACGUAAGUCAUCUCUUUCAGUAAUUGUAGCGGCCUAGCGAAUAUUCACUGCUGAUCAGUUUGAGGACUAAAUUGUUGAGACGACGUCAUCGGUCGAGACCCUGAAGGAUGACUCGACCUUUGACAUCGGUCACCUGCUAUCACGUGAUGUAAACAAAAUGGCGUCGUGGGACAAGCUCUAUCCAGAGUUGCAAAAGUAUUUUACUCAGUAUGCACUGCCAAUUACUGUGUCUGCAGCCACAAUCGGAGUUAUUUUCUUUCUGAAGCGUUUUGGCAUUAUAUACCAGUAUUUUCAUAAGGCAGAUGAGACUUCAACAAGACAUGGAGGAGAACUGGUGGCCCAGGUUUUAAAGGAACAUAAUAUAAAACAUGUAUUUACGCUAGUUGGAGGACAUAUAUCACCUAUACUUGUAGCUUGUGAGAAGAUUGGUAUUAAAGUUAUAGAUACAAGACAUGAGGUAACUGCAGCUUUUGCUGCUGAUGCAGUAGCACGAAUGUCUGGUACUGUUGGUGUUUGUGCUGUGACAGCUGGCCCCGGUUUAACGAAUACUGUAACAGCUAUCAAAAAUGCUCAGAUGGCUGAAUCGCCUGUGUUACUUUUAGGUGGAGCAGCAGCUACAUUACUAAAGGGAAGAGGAGCUCUACAAGAUAUUGAUCAGAUGUCAUUAUUUAAACCACUGUGUAAAUUCUGUGCUACUGUUACUACUGUUAGAGAUAUAGUACCUACAAUACGUCAAGCUUUACAGGAAGCCCAAUCUAAUACACCAGGACCAGUAUUUGUAGAAUUACCUAUAGAUGUUUUAUAUAAUUACAAAUUAGUUCAAGAUCAAAUGGGUAUAAAGGGUUCAGGAAAAGGCAUUGUAGAUAAAAUUGUUCAGUGGUAUCUAAGAAAUCAUUUAGCAAAUUUAUUUUCUGGAGCCUGGGAACCUAGACCAACAGGACCAUUGCCAGUUAAGCAACCCAUGGCCAGUAGAUCUCAGGUAAAACAGUGUAGUGAGUUAGUGUCUAGAUCCAGGAAGCCUGUUGUAUUAGUUGGUAGUCAAGCUACAUUACCACCUACAGAUGUCAAUGAUCUAAGAUCAGCACUGGAGAGUAUGGGUAUACCAUGUUUUUUGGGUGGUAUGUCUCGUGGUUUACUAGGUAGGUACAGUAAAAUACAGUGUCGACAGAAACGGCGUGAUGCACUACGUGAAGCAGAUUUAGUUAUUUUAGCUGGGUCUGUAUGUGAUUUUAGAUUAAACUAUGGCCGGGUGUUAAGUCGUAAAUCAAAGAUUAUUGCUGUUAAUAGGGAUUAUGAUCAAUUACAUAAGAAUUCUGAUAUGUUCUGGAAGCCUACUGUUGGUGUACAGGGUGAUGUGGCUAGUUUUGUUGUAGAAUUACAGGCAGAAUUAGGUGAUAAUUAUAAAUGUGAUCAAGAUUGGGUUAAACAGCUUACUGUACGUGAUGAUGAAAAAGAAAAGGCCAAUAGAGCUAAAGCUGAGGAAAGUACCGAUCAACAUUUAAAUCCAUUAAAAGUUCUACAGAUAGUAGAAGAAGUAAUGUCUGAUAAUACUAUUAUGGUUGCUGAUGGUGGAGAUUUUGUAGCUACAGCUGCUUAUAUACUCAGACCAAGAGGGCCCUUAAGAUGGCUAGAUCCUGGGGCAUUUGGUACAUUAGGUGUUGGAGGAGGGUUUGCUUUAGGAGCUAAAUUAUGUCGUCCUGAUGCUGAUGUAUGGAUUAUAUAUGGAGAUGGUACUGUUGGUUAUAGUAUAGCUGAAUAUGAUACAUUUACUAGACAUAAGUUACCAGUUAUAUCUGUUGUUGGUAAUGAUGCUGGUUGGACACAGAUAGAAAGAGAUCAAGUACCUUUAUUACAUAGUGAUGUAGCUUGUAAAUUAGCUUUUACUGAUUAUGACAAAGUAGCAGAAGGAUAUGGGGGUAAAGGUUACCGUCUGGAUAGUACCAACGAAGAUAGAAUCAAAGAAGUUCUACAAGAAGCUCUGAAGGAAAGUCAAAAUGGAAAUGCUGUAUUAAUUAAUACAUUGAUUGGAAAAACUAAUUUUAGAGAAGGCAGUAUAUCGAUUUAAAUGAGUGACAGUAGUAACUUCAAGAUGGCCAAUAAAAAUCAAUUAAACAAAUAAAUUUUGAAUGAAAUGUGAUCGUUUCAAUUUUGCAAAAAUCUAGCUUUUAAAGAUAUCUACUUUUUGCAUGGUUUCAGUUGCUUGGUUGUAACUAGCAACUUAAAUUAUUGUUUUGAUUUUGAAAAUACAUAUGAUCUAAAAUAGUAUGCACCUGUGUGUGAAAAGGGUUAAUGAUAGUGAACAUUCUCGAUUUGUAUAACAUUGCUUCUUUGUAAACAUCCUCUACUUUCACAUUAAUUAAUGAAAUGUUUUACAUAAAUUCUUACGCAAUUCAAUCAUAUCAAUAUUAUUCAUAUUAUUUAUCUAAUUUGCAGGAAAUAUAACAUUUAUUAUUUAUGAUUAUUUUUUUUUAGUUGUUUUUUUGUUAUUUAAAAAGAAAAACAUGCAAAUUUGUUAUGUUUAAUUUUUCUACCAUUUUGUAUUUGUUUCUUUAGUAUUUUUGCUUUAAUAUUCCAAGUAUCAAUAAUAUUAAUGAUUUUAUUGUUUGUAUAAUUAAAUUUGUUCAGAAUUUAUGCCAUGUUUAGCAAUAUAUACUGAGACACAAGGAAAAACAUGCCACUGAGUUGACUCAAAAUGUUAGUUAGACAUAUAGUUGACAUGAUCUUGGGCUGGACAUUUAUCAACAAAGAAAACCAACAACAAUGUCAACAACCUACGGAGGCCUAUAGUGAAAGUAGGCACAAUCAGCAAAAACAGUGUAGUCGACAAUGAAGCAUUGUCAGCAUUGACAAAACCAUGUGGACUCCUCACUUUAGCACCAGUAUGGAAAGUUUGAAGUAAUAUAAUUUUAUUAUUUUCGAACACAAUUUCUAUAUUUAGCCUUAUAAUAUUAUCAUGUUAUAAAUUUACUGUAUCUCUAAAGAUUAUUAAUAAAUAUAUCUGUUGAAUUCUU